GACGACGUGGAAGAAACCAAGCACGAUGCUAAUAGUAAGGCACAUUUGACUGGCUCCCAGGACCAACCAAGAGAAGAACGACCCCAUCGCCUCAUACAUAUCACAAAAAUCGGUUUUGGAGAAGAAGAACAAGACUCGAAAUCACCAUUCGAAGUUACACAAGAGAAACCGUACCCAAGAAUGGCCAAUUCGAAUUAUUACCACCUCGAAAUCCUCUCCAUUUGUCUCAUCAUCCUCAUCACUGCCUCAGAUAUCUUCGCCCUUGAUCCCUAUAAAAUCCUUGGCGUCUCUCGGAAGGCUGAGUCGGUCGACAUCAGACGUGCUUAUCGAAAACUAAGUAAACGAUGGCAUCCCGACAAAAAUCCGAACAACGAAGAAGCGCACCAAAAAUUCCUAGAGAUCUCAGAAUCCUGGGAAAUCCUAUCAGAUCCCGAGACGAGAGAGAUCUUCGACAAGAGGGGCGAGGAAGGAUUGAAGAGACAUAGAGAAGGCGGCGACCAAUCCGAUGGGUUCGAUUUCUUCAGCCAAUUCUUCGGCGGUGGGGGCGGAGGUGGACGGAGCUCUAAUUCCAAGAAAAACGCUAAGAAGAAAGGGCCGACCAUGGCUACUGAUAUGGAAGUCGAAUUGGAAGAUAUUUACAUUGGACGGUCGAUCGAUUUCGAAAUUAGUCGACGAGUAUUAUGUCCAGCCUGUAAAGGGAACGGGGCGCGAAAGGAGACAGAUAUUGUAGAAUGUGAGAAGUGUCAAGGGCAAGGAGUGCGGAUCAUCAGACACCAACUAGGCCCGGGGAUAUUCCAACAGAUGCAGAUGCAAUGUGAUGCAUGUAGCGGACGAGGCCAGACGAUCAAACACAAGUGCACACAAUGUCAUGGCGAACGGACGGUCGAAGAAGUCAACAGCUUGACACUCGAUAUCGAUCGCGGCUCUCCCGAUGGUCAUGAGGAAGUCUUCGAAGGAGAGGGCGAUGAAGGGCCUGGGUACUCCGCUGGCGACGUCCUCCUUAGAAUCAGAAUCAAAAAACAAUCCGAUGGCGGCUUUAGACGUCUUGAAGAAAACUUGUAUUGGAAGGAAGUCUUGAGUCUAGACGAGGCAUUACUAGGCUUCACAAGGAAAAUCAAACAUCUAGAUGGGCAUGAUUUAACAGUCAGUCGGCAAGCAGUAACUCAACCAGGAUUUGUGGAAGUGAUUGAAGGAGAAGGUAUGCCUAGACAUCAAGCCCUAGGAUACGGGAACCUAUUCAUAGAAUUUGCAGUGGUUUUUCCAAUGGAAGUUUCGGGCCCCUUUAGAGCCGGUCUUGAGAAAGUAUUUGAGCCGUAUAGGACACUCGGUGAUCUUGCAAAUGAAGAGAAGAUUGAAAAGGUCAAAUCAAAGGAUGAAGAUCAUCAGGAAUUGUAAUCCACUCUUUGCAUCUUUGAGCCUUUUUUUUGUGUGGAAUUGGAUUUAUCUACAUUGUGAUUAACUUCCCUUCUUUACAAACCUUUCCUCUUUGUUUUCUUGCAUGUAAUCAUUUUUCUUUUUCCUUUUUUGAGGUUUUCCUUUUUCUUUUUUUUUCUCAUACAACACAAUCCAAGACAAAACAAAAAAAUCAUUCAUAGAGAGGAUCUUGGUUUGGUCAAUAAUAAGGGC